CUAUCAACAGGUAUGUAUGCGAUGCAGAACAUGUCUCCAUUCUAGCAUGCUUCAGUACGAGUACAGUUAGAUAACUUACUAAUCGUUCCUUUCGUGCAUUUUCCACAGACAAUGGAGAGCGCGUUCUCUGAUCUGGACAGCUCCAGCUGCGACUUUUCCUUUGCUCACACGGAUGAUGAGGAUUCCCGCGGCAGCAUGCACGCCGCCUCGCCCGCUUCCUCGCUUGCAUCGCCGGGGAACAGCGCACAGGACGCCGGCGAGUUGCAGCAGAAGAAGAAGCGCAGAGGGCGUGUGCGGAGCGAGGUCGCCGUUCACGUGGUAAAGAAGAACCGCAGGUUGAAGGCCAACGACCGCGAGAGGAACCGCAUGCACAACCUGAACGAUGCGCUGGACGCUCUGCGAAGUGUGCUGCCUGCCUUCCCGGACGACACCAAGCUCACCAAAAUCGAGACUCUGCGCUUCGCUCACAACUACAUCUGGGCACUGUCCGAGACCAUCCGCAUCGCGGACCAGCGCGGGAACAAACCGAGAGAUUCGUCACCGACAGUGAGCUGCACGGCGGAAAUACCGAGCCCGGGGAGCGAUGCGUGCUCAUGGGCAUCAAGCGCCUCCUCUUCAGGUUCCUCUCCAUCCUAUAGCUCUUCUAAUCCCGGCAGCCCGGAGACUAUGGACGAUUACGGAUUUCUGCAAGCAGACGUCGUUUACCGCUACCACAGCUACCCAAGCAUUUACUGAGCUAUCUCCUAGUCCCAAAUCUUCUGUAGCUAGCCUAAUAAGGGAAAAUGACAUUUUCUUUGCCCUUUAGAGGCACGAGUGCAGAGCCAGA